GUUAGCGCUGAGCUCAAUUAUCUGAAUGUGUGUGUGGUAUCGGCGAGGCACUAGAAGACGUCCCUUCAGCGCUUGCAGUUCGUACCAUAAACUGCGGAUAUAUUUAACCUAGAUUCUGUGCGAGUGGAUUGCGAUGUGUUCAUAAUCAAUUUACAUGCGGAUGGAGGUGUAGACUACGAACAUUGUGAUAUGUUCCCCGUUGAAGUGCUUGUUCGCGGCGGUUAGCCCGGCAACUCAGCUAUCUGGCCCUCAUUGUGUGGCUGGCGAGUGCGACCCGCAGCCCUCGCGGACUUCGCCUCGUUUCUGAGGCUAUUUCUUCAUCCCCGGAACCAAUAUUACCUACAUAACAUACGUAUAUAUUGCGAGAGGACGGGCAAGUGAACAACAUGUAUCCAAAUCGACACCCGGGUCCGCCCCAACCUGGACAACCUUUCAAGUUCACGGUGUCUGAAUCGUGUGAUCGUGUGAAAGAAGAAUUCAGCUUCCUGCAAGCCCAGUAUCACAGCUUGAAGAUGGAAUGUGAAAAGCUAGCCCAAGAGAAAACUGAAAUGCAGAGACACUAUGUUAUGUACUAUGAGAUGUCAUAUGGGCUGAAUGUUGAAAUGCAUAAACAGACUGAAAUAGCAAAGAGAUUGAAUGCAAUCUGUGCUCAAGUUAUUCCAUUUUUGUCACAAGAGCAUCAGCAGCAGGUGGCAGCAGCAGUUGAGAGAGCCAAACAGGUGACAAUGCAGGAACUUAACGCAAUUAUUGGGCAGCAAAUGCAGGCUCAGCACCUCCCCCACGCCCAUGCCCCGCCCAUCCCGAUGACGCCCCACCCGUCAGGGCUCCAGCCCCCCAUACCCCCAGUGUCGAGUGGCUCCAGUCUUCUUGGGCUCCCACAGAGUGCUUUCCCUCACCACCAUCUUCUAAAGGAAGACAAGGCAGAAGAUAAGCAUAGAAGGUCUGCCUCACCCCCAGUUCAUGAAAAUAAAUAUCGGCAUCGGAGUCGAUCUCCUGAUAUGAAUGAUUCAGCGAAGAAAAGAAGACCUGAAGAGAGAGUAGUAGACAGUGAUGGAGAGAAGAGCGAUCAGGAUCUAGUUGUUGAUGUUGGAGACGAUACGGCAUCUCCUUUAAACGGAGAAAUGUCACCUCGGGAAAAGAAUAAGGACCUUCUUAACAAUAAGAAGGUAGACGACCGUAGCAGCCCUCGGAGUGACACUUCUUCACAUGCAAGCUCUUCAUCUUUGAAAAACAAAGAGAAUGACAAGGCUGCUACGCCCGUCUCCAAAUCUGCCACACCCACAAGUUCAGGAAGUGCUACCCCCGGACCAUCAGGCCCUUCUGUUGCCGGGAAACCAGGUGCCAAAGUCCAUCCUCUUGGUGGUUUUCCUUUAAUGCCGCAUUCAGCCGCGGCAGCCCAUGGAGGACUGCCGGGGGACUUGAGCCCGGGUGCCUUUAACAACGGCGCCGUCAUGCCUAACGGCAUCGGGGGAAGCCCCCUCAACAACUACUCCAGAGCUCCCAUGGGGUUUGAGCCCACAACUCAUAGUGUGGGGCCCAUGAGACCGGCACUCGGCAGCAUUCCAGGGGGUAAACCAGCAUAUUCCUUUCACGUGAGCGCAGACGGUCAGAUGCAGCCGGUGCCCUUUCCUCCAGACGCUCUGAUUGGUCCAGGCAUUCCGCGUCAUGCUCGACAGAUAAACACAUUGAAUCAUGGGGAGGUUGUGUGUGCAGUUACCGUUAGCAACCCGACCAGACACGUGUAUACAGGAGGCAAGGGCUGUGUGAAGGUCUGGGACAUCAGUCAACCAGGCAACAAGUCUCCUGUCUCCCAGCUGGACUGUUUGCAAAGAGAUAACUACAUUAGGUCUAUCAAGUUAUUGCAAGAUGGCCGCACACUGAUAGUGGGAGGCGAGGCCAGCACGUUGUCAAUAUGGGACUUGGCAGCGCCCACCCCAAGAAUCAAGGCCGAACUGACGUCAAGUGCCCCUGCAUGUUACGCCCUUGCCAUCAGUCCUGACGGCAAAGUCUGCUUCAGCUGUUGUAGUGACGGAAACAUUGCAGUCUGGGAUCUCCAUAACCAGACACUGGUUAGGCAAUUCCAAGGUCACACAGAUGGCGCUAGCUGUAUUGAUAUUUCUCCCGAUGGUACCAAAUUGUGGACGGGAGGUCUGGACAACACAGUUCGAUCCUGGGAUCUCAGAGAGGGUCGUCAGUUACAGCAGCACGACUUCACAUCACAGAUCUUCUCCCUGGGGUACUGUCCUACAGGGGAGUGGCUCGCUGUCGGCAUGGAGAGCAGCAACGUGGAGGUGUUGCAUCACAGCAAGCCAGACAAGUACCAGCUUCAUCUGCACGAGAGCUGUGUCCUCUCUCUCAAGUUUGCUUACUGUGGCAAGUGGUUCGUUAGCACGGGUAAAGACAAUCUCCUCAACGCUUGGAGAACGCCAUAUGGAGCAAGUAUUUUCCAGUCCAAGGAGUCUUCCUCUGUGUUGAGUUGUGACAUAUCAGCUGAUGACAAGUACAUCGUUACUGGCUCCGGCGACAAGAAAGCCACGCUAUAUGAAGUCAUAUUCUGAGGGUACCAGGGACACAACUUGGAGAGAUAUAUUUGGAUUUUCAGCCUCAGUAUUAACAUAGUCUUGCGGAUAUAUUGGAGUUACUGGACCAGAAUUGAAGCCUGAUUUUUCCAGGUGCAUGCUGGCUUGUCUUCAGUUAUUUCCACUGAAUGCCUCCUUGGCUCCUCCAUGAAUCCCAGUUGUCUGCGGGGAACAUACAGAGAGCAGUCCAGAGAGAUAAUGUGUAUUUUCCCUCAUCCCCCUUCUCCCCUCCCUCAUCUCAAAGCAGCAUAAUACAUGCAUUUUAUUUUGUGUACCUCAGUGAACCAUUCCUGGACUUGUGUGUCAUGUGACUGAUCAUGUGAUGUGAGACCAUGUGACUGAUCAUGUGAUCUCACGAUCAAGGAGAGCUAGCAUUAUUUUUGUGUUUCGUAUCACAAGGAGAUAGCAAAUCUUUGAAUUGAUGUUUGGUAUCUCAAGAACUUUUGGAUUUUGAGCUCUCAAAGACUGAAGAUAUGUCAGUCAUUCAUGUUGAAUCACUUUCUGCCAUGUCUGCAGCAAGGACGACUUGCUGUGUUUACCUCAGAACGAGGGGACUGUCCUUUUCCUGUGUACGUGCUAUGUUCUUAUGGAUAAACUUUUGUGGAUACUUUAUUGACAUAUCUGUUGGCACCGUGGUGAACUGGGAACAAAGAAAAAAAGACCCAAUCACUUCUUUUCCUGAUCAUGAAACUGCAUCUCAAAAAAGAGUAAAUCUACACAAAAUUUCAACAGGAUCAGAUACGUUUCCAAAGUGCAUUGUAUAUUCAUAUUUCUUUUAUACUGGUCAUUGUAAAUUUGCAGUAAAACUAUCGAAAAAAUAUUGUUUUCAGUACAGAUGUGAAUUACCUGUAAAGACUAGGUUUGAGUGUACAAUAGUUGGUCAAGUGCUGAACUUGGUCAUUUAUGAGCUGGUCGCCUUCACUGCUACCAUGAUGAUGGACUCGUUUGGCAGCCAUUUUGGAAUACAAGUGGCACUGGAGCUGUCCUAUGACGUCUGUUACCAUAGUGACACUGUGGGCAUGGUAGCCAUAUUUGAUCGCUAAAAUGGAUGGGAGAGUGUUGAAUGUUGCUAUUUACUGUCGUUUGAAUGAGGAAACUGUUUGUGAAGAUUAUAGACAUCAUGAAUAAAUGUUUCCAGCACAUCUUA